AUGUCACAGACGGCCUCACGUCGCUUACAUACCAUCGCUAGCCAAUUCUGCAGCAGCGCCUCUCACAGCCAUUGUUCGGCCAGACAGAAAAUGACGCAGAAAUCUUACGCAAACGGAACACCGUUCCCUCCACUAACUCCUGGCUUGCUGAGAAUUUACAGCAUGAGAUUUUGUCCCUGGGCACAACGGACGAGACUGGUUUUGGAACACAAAAAUAUCCCUUAUGAAACCAUCAAUGUCAAUCUGAAAGACAAGCCAUCUUGGUUUCUGGAGAGGAACCCGCUGGGGUUAGUCCCAGUUCUGGAGUUGGAUGACAAAAUAAUAUACGAGUCCACUGCCACUUGUGAUUGGUUGGAUGAUGUGUACCCUGAGAACCGUCUUCAGCCUAGUGACCCAUAUAGAAGGGCCUGGGACAGGAUUGUCACUGAGUAUUAUGGCAAACUGGCCGGCAGUAUCUACACCUUGUUCAGAAGCUCUGAUGACCGAGACCAGGCGGUUGCUGACUUGCAGAAGCACUACCAGUUUUUUGAAAAUGUUUUGGCUAAAAGAAAUGGCCCUUUUUUUGGAGAUGACAAGCCAGCUAUGGUUGAUUUAUUGAUUUGGCCACAUUUUGAGAGAAUUCCAGUAGUGGCCAUAGCUGAACCCCGAGCUGCCAUCGACAAAGACAAGUUUCCGAGACUUGCCGCCUGGUUUGAUGCAACCUCCUCUCUUCCUGCAGUAAAAGCCACAGCUUUUGAUGCUGCAACACAUCUUAAGUUCUUUGAGUCAUUCAAAGCUGGACAGCCAGACUACGACUUGGGUCUUUAA